AUGGCACAACAACGAACCGACACACGAGACUCGUCAGGCUCCUCAAUCACAAUGAACGGCAGAGCCUCAUCAGAUCAAUGGGAGGCCAGCUUCGCCCCCAUCAACACCGGCAAGAACAAUGGCGACUCAUCAGACGACAACGCCACCCUGUCCAGCCCUAUGAGAGAUACCCACCGCGACACAAUGAUGAUUGAGGAGGAGGACAGGAGAGAGCUUCAGAGAAUCGCAACCACGCUUUCACGGCGCCAGAGCGGUGCCAGCUUCGGCGAGCCUCAACUUUCAAACAUCGCAACCAACGAUCCCUCCCUCGACCCCACAAGCAAGUCCUUUGACCUCUCAAAAUGGCUGCAGAGGAUCAUGCAGCAGAUGUCCAACGAGGGCAUCAGCAUCAAGAAGGCCGGUGUCGCCUACAAGGAUCUCAACGUCUCCGGUACUGGUGCCGCCCUGCAGCUCCAGCAGACCGUGGGCUCUUUCCUCGCGGCGCCGCUGAGGAUCGGCGAGCACCUGAGCUUCGGCAAGAAGGAGCCGAAGAGGAUCCUCCACAACUUUGAUGGUCUUCUCAACAGCGGCGAGCUUCUGAUCGUUCUGGGCCGUCCCGGAUCUGGAUGCAGUACUCUGCUCAAGACCAUGACCGGUGAGCUUCACGGUCUGAGCUUGGGACACGACUCUGUCAUCCACUACAACGGUAUCCCUCAGAAGAGGAUGGUGAAGGAGUUCAAGGGUGAGACUGUCUACAACCAAGAGGUUGACAAGCACUUCCCCCAUCUCACGGUCGGCCAAACCCUCGAGUUCGCCGCCGCCGUCCGUACACCCUCCAAGAGGCUCCAGGGCAUGACCCGCGAUGAGAUGUCCAAGAAGGCCGCCCAGAUCGUCAUGGCCGUCUGCGGUCUCAGCCACACCUACAACACCAAGGUCGGCAACGACUUCGUUCGCGGCGUCUCUGGCGGUGAGCGCAAGCGUGUCAGCAUUGCCGAGAUGAUGCUCGCCGGAUCCCCCAUGUGCGCGUGGGACAACAGCACCCGCGGCUUGGACUCCGCGACCGCCCUGAAGUUUGUCCAGGCUCUGCGCCUCGCGUCCGACUUCACCGGCAGCGCCAACGCCGUCGCCAUCUACCAGGCCUCCCAGGCCAUCUACGACCUCUUCGACAAGGCCGUCGUCCUCUACGAGGGUCGCCAGAUCUACUUUGGCCCCGCCAGCGCCGCCAAGGCGUACUUCGAGCGGAUGGGAUGGGAGUGCCCUCAGCGCCAGACGACUGGUGACUUCCUCACUUCCGUCACCAACCCCCAGGAGCGCCGUGCCCGCCCAGGCAUGGAGAACCAGGUCCCUCGCACGCCUGAGGACUUUGAGAUGUACUGGCGUCAGUCCCCUGAGUACGCCGCCCUCCGCCAGGAGAUUGAGCUGCACCAGGAGGCCUACCCCAUGGACUCCAACAGCCAGGCUCUCACCGAGAUGCGGCAGAUGAAGAACGAGAGACAGGCGAAGCACGUCCGCCCCAAAUCCCCCUACACCAUCUCCAUGGCGAUGCAGGUUGGCCUGACCACCAAGCGCGCCUACCAGAGGAUAUGGAACGACAUGUCGGCAACAGCAACAUCUGCAGUCAUCAACCUCAUGAUGGCUCUCAUCAUCGGCUCGGUCUUCUACGGUACUCCUGACUCUACUUCCGGUUUCUAUGCCAAGGGCUCUGUUCUCUUCCAGGCUAUCCUCAUGAACGCUCUCACUGCCAUCUCCGAGAUCAACAGUCUCUACGAUCAACGUCCAAUUGUCGAAAAGCACGCCUCCUACGCCUUCUAUCACCCUGCCGCUGAAGCCAUCGCCGGAAUCACCGCAGAUAUCCCGAUCAAGUUCAUCACGGCAACAACCUUCAAUCUCGUGCUCUACUUCCUCGCCGGACUGCGACGCGAGCCUGGCCAGUUCUUCCUGUACUUCCUGAUCACCUACAUCUCCACCUUCGUCAUGAGCGCCGUCUUCCGAACAAUGGCCGCCAUCACCAAGACCGUGUCGCAGGCCAUGAUGCUUGCUGGUGUCCUGGUCCUGGCUCUCGUCAUCUACACCGGCUUCGUCGUUCGUGUUCCCCAGAUGGUCGACUGGUUUGGCUGGAUCCGAUGGAUCAACCCCAUCUUCUACGCCUUCGAGAUUCUCAUCGCCAACGAGUUCCACGGUCGUGAGUUCACCUGCUCGGAGAUCAUCCCCUCGUACACCCCCCUCAACGGCGACUCCUGGAUCUGCUCUGCCGUCGGCGCCAUCGCUGGCCAGCGCACUGUUAGUGGCGAUGCGUUCAUCAACACCAACUACCAGUACUACUACUCCCACGUCUGGAGGAACUUCGGCAUCCUGCUGGCUUUCCUGUUCUUCUUCAUGAUCAUCUACUUCGUCGCCACCGAGCUCAACUCCGCCACCACCAGCUCCGCCGAGGUCCUCGUCUUCCAGCGCGGCCACGUUCCCGCCUACCUCCAGGAUGGCGUCAACCGCAGUGUGUCCAACGAGGAGAUGGCCGUCCCUGUCAAGAGCAAGAACAGCGAGCCUGAUGCCAACGUCAGCUCCAUCCCGCCCCAGAAAGACAUCUUCACCUGGAGAGAUGUUGUCUACGACAUUGAGAUCAAGGGAGAGCCCCGUCGGUUGCUUGAUCACGUUGACGGCUGGGUCAAGCCUGGAACUCUCACCGCUCUCAUGGGUGUUAGUGGCGCUGGCAAGACUACUCUUCUCGAUGUCCUCGCUCAGCGCACUACCAUGGGUGUCAUCACCGGCGACAUGUUCGUCAACGGCAAGCCUCUCGACGCCAGCUUCCAGCGCAAGACUGGCUACGUUCAGCAGCAGGAUCUCCACCUGGCCACCGCAACUGUCCGUGAGAGCUUGCGCUUCAGCGCCAUGCUCCGACAGCCCAAGACCGUCAGCAAGGAGGAGAAGUAUGCCUUCGUCGAGGAGGUUAUCGACAUGCUCAACAUGCGCGACUUCGCCGACGCUGUCGUCGGUAUCCCCGGUGAAGGCCUCAAUGUCGAGCAGCGCAAGCUCCUCACCAUCGGCGUCGAACUCGCAGCCAAGCCCAAGCUUCUUCUAUUCCUCGAUGAGCCUACUAGUGGUCUCGACUCCCAGAGCUCCUGGGCUAUCUGCGCCUUCCUCCGCAAGCUGGCUGACGCCGGCCAAGCCGUCCUCUGCACCGUCCACCAGCCCAGCGCUAUCCUGUUCCAGCAAUUCGACCGUCUCCUCUUCCUUGCCCGUGGCGGCAAGACUGUGUACUUUGGCGAUAUCGGCGACAACUCGCGCACUCUUCUGAACUACUUCGAGUCCCACGGUGCUCGCAAGUGUGACGAUGAUGAGAACCCUGCUGAGUACAUGCUUGAGAUUGUCAACAACGGAACCAACUCACGCGGAGAGGAUUGGCACAGCGUUUGGAAGUCGAGCCAGGAGCGCACCGGCGUGUCUGCUGAACUCGAGCGCAUCCACCUCGAAAAGGCCAACGAGCAGGUCGCCGGCACCGAGGAGGCUGGCGCUCACUCUGAGUUCGCCAUGCCUUUCACCACCCAGCUCACCGAGGUUACCGUCCGCGUCUUCCAGCAAUACUGGCGCAUGCCCAACUACGUCUUCGCCAAGUUCGUCCUCGGCAUCGCCGCCGGCCUCUUCGUCGGCUUCUCCUUCUACAAGGCGAACGGCACUAUGGCGGGCAUGCAGAACGUCGUCUUCGCCGUCUUCAUGAUCAUCACCAUCUUCUCUACCAUCGUCCAACAGAUACAGCCUCACUUCGUCACCCAGCGAUCUCUCUACGAAGUCCGCGAGCGCCCCAGCAAGGCCUACUCCUGGAAGGCCUUCAUGUUCGCCAACAUCAUCGUCGAGAUCCCCUACCAGAUUGUCACCGGCAUCCUCAUCUUCGCUUGCUUCUACUACCCGGUCAUCGGCAUCCAGAGCUCCGUCAGACAGGUCACCGUCCUGCUCUUCGCCAUCCAGCUCCUCGUCUACGCCUCCUCCUUCGCGCACAUGACCAUCGCCGCCUUCCCCGACGCCCUCACCGCCUCCGGCGUCGUCACCCUCCUCGUCCUCAUGAGCCUUACCUUCUGCGGUGUCCUGCAGUCCCCGACCGCCCUCCCCGGCUUUUGGAUCUUCAUGUACCGCGUCUCCCCCUUCACCUACUGGGUCGCCGGUAUCGUCUCCACCCAGCUGCACGGCCGCCCCGUCACCUGCUCCGCGGACGAGACCUCCGUCUUCAACCCGCCCGCCAACCAGACCUGCGGCGAGUACCUCGCCGACUACCUCAAGAUGGCGCCCGGCCAGCUGCAGAACCCCGACGCCACCGAGUCGUGCCGUUACUGCUCGCUCAGCAACGCCGACCAGUACCUCUCCGGCAGCAACAUCUUCUACGACGAGCGCUGGCGCAACUUUGGCAUCAUGUGGGCCUUCAUCUUCUUCAACAUCUUUGUUGCUGUUGUGUCUUACUACCUUGUCCGCGUCAAGAAGUGGAACUCUGGCUCGUCCAAGACAAAGAAGGAGUCCAAGGGAAAGGGCCCUGCCACUCAAUGA